AUGGAUGAAGAUCCUUUAAAAACUUCAUCAUUAAAUACAAUUUUUAAUAAACGAAUUAAUCCAAAACCAUUAAUCGAAUGUUUAGACAUUAAAUCAACAUUUGAAAGACGGAAGAAAAAUAAAACAUUUAUACGAAAUGAUUCAUCACGAAGCCAUGAUGAUCAAAUCGAUGGUUCACCUGGAAAAAUUGAAAUUGGUCGUUCAACAGUUGACAUUCGUGAACCAACACCUGAACAUUUAAAUGCAUUACAACAUGCUUUUAAUAAAAUUCUUAAUGAACGUUUAUUAUCAGAUAAUAGUUUGAUAUUACGAAAAACUGUAUUUCGUCAAUUAUGUCAAAUUCUCGCGUCACGAUCAGAUUGUCAAAUAAACUUAUAUGGUUCUAUAUCAUUUGAAUGUUGUUUGGAAAAACCUGGUAUUAUGGAUAUUGAUAUACAAUUUAAACAAACGCUUCAAUAUGAUACACUUAAAGAACUACUUGAAAUUAUAACAAAAAGUGAUUUAUGUAAAGAAGCUCGUAUUAAUACAGAACAUAAACCAUCUUGUAUUGAUUUAAUUACUAAUGAACCAAAUAUGCGUGUACGAAUAACAUCAGGUUAUAAUCGUGGAAUAAAUUUAUCAAAAUUAAUUCGAAUUUAUACAAAAUUUGAUUCACGAGUUAUUAAAUUACUUCGAUUAUUUCGUAUACUUUCUAAAAUAUGUAAUAUAGAUAAACCAGAUUUAGGAACACUUCAUCCAAUUGUUUUUCAUAUAAUGAUUAUUCAUUUUCUUCAACAAAUUGAUCCACCUAUUUUACCAUGUCUACAUGAAUAUGUUUUUGGUAUUGAUCAUGUACCAAUAACAAUGAAUGAAAAUCAAUAUCCAGAAUUUUUUCGUAUUUGUAAUGAAUAUUCACGUAAAUGGAAAUCAACAAAUACAACAGAAAUUGAAAUGUUAUUUUUACAAUUACUUUCAUAUUAUCUUAAAACUUUUAAUACAAAACAAUUUGUUGUUUCCAUACAAACUCGAAUGCCUGUUGUUAAAAUUGAUAAAAAUUGGCAUAGUAAAAAAUUACUUGUUGAAGAUCCAAGUGAUAUCAAACGAAGUUUAUGUCAAACAAUGCAAUCUAUACGUUCCAUAAAUUAUUUUCGUGAUACUUUAAAUACUGCAUUAAAUUAUUUUGGUCGAAAACAAAAACGAAUAAAAAAAACUCAAUUAAAUCAAUGUUCUAAUGAUAAUAAUGAUGAUGAUUUUAUUGAAAUUAUUACUGAAGAUGAAAAUGAAAUUCCAAUAAUUGAACCAACAAAUGCUUUACAUAAUUCAUAUAAUUUAUUUUAUAAACGUUUACCAUUAACAAUAGUACGUGAUGUAAAUAUUCGACAAAAUCGUGUAUGUGAUUAUUAUAAGAAGACAUUUGACACAAUAAUACCAAAACCAAUUAUUAAAUUAAAUUCUUUAGUUGAUCAAGAAUGUGAAAAUAUAAAUGAGAAUGAAAUUGAAGAAGCAUUUCAACAUGAUCUUGAACAUAAUUUUGAAACUAUGGAUGCUAAUGAUGAUGAACAGAAUAUUACAUUCGAUAGAAUUAUAUCAAAUAAUGAUAAUGAUUAUGAUGAAAAUUCAAUUACAUAUUUUGAUGAGCUCAAUAUUGAGAAUGAUAUUGAUCAAAAAUCAUCAGCAGCAGUUCGACAAUUAUUUCCAUCAAUUAAUGAAGAAGAAAAAUCGAAUGAAACAAAUCAUUUAUCACCAAUCAUAACAGAUAAUGAACAAGGUAUAGCAGAUAUACAUGGUACUAAAAAUUCUAAUAAUAAUACUAAUGAUCAUGAUGAUGGGAAGGCUAUUACUAUUGAUGAACUUAUGCAGAAUCUCAAUAAAAAGCAGAGACGUACUUUAACUAGAGAAUAUGAACGGCAAGGUCAUAUAAUAAAUGAUAAAGUAAUAGAAGUCUAUGAAAAAUUAAAACCAUCAUCCAAAGACAAAGAUGAAACAACUAAUAUUGAUAUUCCAUCAGUUGUAUCUAUGCCAAUAGAAAUACAAGAAGAUAUAAAUAAAAAUUCUUCAGAUAAUAUUCCAUCAGUAUUUACAUCACCAAUAAAAGAUGAACAAUUAUCAUCUAUUGAUAAUCCUUCUUCUGAACUUUUUUAUGAUUUUCAAGCAGAAAAUUUUCAUGCAGAACAAGGUGCUCCAUUUGUCUGUACAACAUGCAAUAAUGUAGGUCAUUUAAAAUCUGAAUGUCCAGAAUUAAUUGUACCGAAUAUGAUUGAUUUACCGGAAAUAAGUCAAGAAUGGAUUCAAAUACUUUCAUUAUUAUGUUGUUAUAUAACUGAACGAUGUAAACCAAAACAGAUUGAUAUUGAAAAUCGUGAAAGAAUUUUAAAACAAUUACAAAAACAAUUUGAAAAAGAUUAUUCAGAUUGUAGUUUAUAUGCAUUUGGAUCAUUUUAUAAUGGUUUUGGUUUUCGACAAAGUGAUCUUGAUGUUUGUAUUGUUUUUAAAGAUCAAAGAGAUGAAAAUCCUGAUGAAGUUAUUCAGAUAAUGAGAAAAAUACUUAAAUCAAUGAGAUCAAAUUCAGAUACAUUUGAAGAUGUUCAAGCAAUUUUACAUGCUAAAGUACCAAUUAUUCGUUCAAAACAUCGACGAUUACAAAUUGAAAUUGAUAUUAGUUUCCAUAAUAUGCUUGCAAUUGAAAAUACACGUUUAUUAAAAGCAUAUGCCGAUAUUGAUCCACGUGUAUCUCAACUUGGUUAUAUGAUAAAACAUUUGGCCAAAACAUGUGAUAUAGGUGAUGCAAGUCGUGGUACAUUAUCAAGUUAUGCAUAUAUAAUAAUGGUUAUCCAUUUUCUCCAACAAAUUCAACCACCUGUUUUACCUGUUCUUCAACAGCUUAGUGAUAAUACAACAAAGAAAAAUUGCUUGUAUAGAAAAUGUUCAAAAUGGAAUGUUUAUUUUUAUGAAAAUUUAUCUAAACUUAAUGAUUUAUGGAAAAAUGAAAAUACUUUAUCAGUUGGUGCAUUAUGGAUUGAAUUUUUACGUUUUUAUACAGAACAAUAUAAUUAUGAUGAACGUGUUGUAACUAUUCGACAAAUUGAACCAUUAUUAAAAUAUGAAAAAGGUUGGUUUAGACAAACAAUAGCUAUUGAAGAUCCAUUUGAAUUAAAUCAUAAUCUAGCCGGUGGUUUAUCUAUUAAAAAUUGGACAACUAUUCGUCGAGUAUUUAUUCGUGCAAGACAACAAUUCGGUUUACAGUCAAAAGAUAUUGAUACUUCUAAGCCACAUAUGCAACAUAUUGCAUCAAUUUUAUUCAAUAUUAAUGAUUUAUGUCCAACAAAUGCUCCAAAACGAUGUGCUGAAUGUAAUGAAUUAUAUCAUAUUCGUAAGCGUUGUCCAAAAUUAAUAUCAUUAGCAAAUGAAAAAGAAAAAUUAAAACGAGUAAGCAUAAUCGAACAACCUCACCAUCAACAACAACAACAACAACAAAUAUUAAUAAACAAUCAAUAUGAAUCAUAUUCUAAUAUUUCGACUAAUAAUUCUCAAUAUUCUUUAUGUCAACAAUAUUAUUAUCCAACAAAUGGAUAUCAAUAUCCAUAUCAAAUAGUACCUCAUCAACGUAUUUGGACACAACCGUAUUCAAAUGAACGACCAAUAAUUUAUUCAAAUUUUUCAUAUCAAUUAAAUCAACAACAACAAACAAAUCAUUCUAAUCGUUUAUCUCAUUCAAAUAAUCAACGACGAAAAUGUUUUCAAUGUGGAAGUCCAAAUCAUUUAAAAGCCCAAUGUUCACAAUUUCAAACAAAUACUCUUCAACGAUAA